AUGCGUUUCUCCUACGCCGUUCUGCCCCUGGCUGCCAUUGUUGGCGCCCUCGAGGUCACCUCCCCCACCAAGGGCGAGGAUGUUGAUGUCUCCAACUCCUUCACUGUCAAGUGGGACUCCGUCAGCACCGACGCCUCCAACUUCAAUCUUUACAUUGUCAACAACGCCGUCUACCCCCCGGUUGAGCAGAAGAUCGCCAGCGAUGUCGAGACCUCCAAGGGCUCCUACACUGUCUCUGGCCUGUCCGGCCUGACCGACGGCAAGGGCUACCAGAUCAACCUGGUCUCCGACGAGCCCCAGAACAGCGGCAUCCUCGCCCAGUCGCAGCAGUUCGACGUGAAGGGCGCCUCUUCCAGCUCCAGCUCCAGCUCCAGCGCCAGCGCCAGCUCUUCCAGCACCAGCAGCGCCUCUUCGUCUUCCUCCUCCUCCGCCUCCUCCUCUUCUGUGUCGCCCUCAGGAUCCGCUACCCCCAGCUCGACGGCCAACGGCACUGCCCCGACGGCCUCUGUCGCCCCCGGUGCUGGUUCCGCCCUGACUGCCCCGCUGACCGCCGUUGCCGGUCUGGUCAUGGGCGCCAUGGCUCUUGUUCUGUAG